CCUUAGGGCCGUCAAGGAGAGACUGGACACAAUGGCAUACAGGGAUCACCCGGUCCUCUAGGCCUCCCAGGGCUAGAGGGCAGGACAGGAAAGCCAGGCCCUUCAGGAAGCCAGGGGCUUGUGGGGGCACAGGGGUCAGCUGGGCACAUCGGAUUACCAGGCACUCCUGGGAUGGAUGGUGUGAUGGGGCAGGUUGGAGAAAAGGAGAACAGGGAGCAGCAGGGCCUGUUGGGGACAGUGGGAUAUCUGGACUGGACAGACAGCAGGGUGCUCCAGGUCUCUUUGGAAAGCCAGGGCCCAAGGGACUCCAGGGAGAGCCAGGGCCACAGGGCUCCCAGGGGCUGCAGGGGGAGCCUGGGCCAAGGGGGAGCCUGGGCCAAGGGGCAAAGAGGGAGAGAUGGGAGGUUUCGGCAACAGAGGAGACCCUAGUCCUAAAUGACUUAAGGGGGCAAUAGGACCUUGUGGAUUCCCUGGGUUGGAGGGGCCCUCAGGAGCUCUUGGGGACAAUGGGAAAAGAGGAGUGAAAGGAGGGAAGGGCCAUGUAGGACUACGAGGCCAGGUGGGGUUGAUGGGUGAAGCUGGACCGUUGGGUUUGUCUGGAUUGGAAGGUGUUCCAGGUCCUUUUGGAUUGGCUGGCGCUUAUGGACCACAAGGGCAGAAGGUAUGAUGUAGUAAUGAUGGAAGACAAGGGCCUUACAACACCUGGCAUAGAAGGAGAUAAGGGUGAAAUGGGUGAACCAGGAGUAGAGGGAGAGAAAGGGGAGAUGGGACGGACAGGCCCUCCUGGAGCUCAGGGGCUGAAGGGGACACAAGGCCCUUUGGGAGAGCCAGGGAGCGAUGGCCUAAAAGGAGAACAGGGAGACAUUGGUCCUCAUGGGGGGUGGGUGACCCCACGUCUAACUAGACUUCCUGGUUUCUUUGGAGAAACGGGUCUAAAAGGAUUUGCCGGAAAAUCAGGUCAUGUUGGAGUGAGAGGCCUGCCUGGCCUUCCUGGACCUCCUGGCCCCCCUGGAACCUCUCUGAACCUUACUCUGGCACAGCUCAAGGCAAGUUGUUGGUAAUCUGUCAAAGCAAAUCCAAAUACUUCAUUUCAGUUUGGAACUCAAAUGCAUUUUUGCCCUAUUCAGCCAUGACUAUUUAUCUUACAACAACUCCUUGUCGUCGUCGUCCCCCCCCGCCCC